CCUGGCUGGAGGCACUGAGGCCAUCCGAGCAUCCGCUUUUCCAUCAGUCCAGCCCACCCUCCUGCAGCCAUGUCCCGGCCCCUGUCAGAUCAGGAUAGAAGAAAGCAAAUCAGUGUUCGUGGCCUGGCUGGUGUGGAAAAUGUGACAGAGUUAAAAAAGAACUUCAAUCGUCACCUGCAUUUUACACUGGUCAAGGACCGCAAUGUGGCCACGCCGAGAGACUACUACUUUGCCCUGGCUCACACCGUGCGCGACCACCUCGUGGGACGCUGGCUCCGCACACAGCAACAUUACUACGAAAAGGACCCCAAGAGGAUCUACUACCUGUCACUGGAGUUCUACAUGGGACGGACGCUACAGAACACCAUGGUGAACCUGGCCUUGGAGAAUGCCUGUGAUGAGGCAACCUACCAGCUGGGCCUGGACAUGGAAGAACUGGAAGAAAUCGAGGAGGAUGCAGGGCUGGGCAAUGGAGGCCUGGGCCGGCUGGCAGCGUGCUUCCUGGACUCCAUGGCCACACUGGGACUGGCUGCCUAUGGCUACGGGAUCCGCUAUGAGUUUGGGAUUUUUAACCAGAAAAUCUGUGGGGGCUGGCAGAUGGAGGAGGCUGAUGAUUGGCUUCGGUAUGGCAACGCCUGGGAGAAGGCCCGCCCCGAGUUCAUGCUGCCAGUGCACUUCUAUGGCCGAGUGGAGCACACCAGCCAGGGAGCCAAGUGGGUGGACACACAGGUGGUGUUGGCCAUGCCCUAUGACACACCCGUGCCCGGCUAUCGCAACAACGUGGUCAACACUAUGCGUCUUUGGUCAGCCAAGGCACCCAAUGACUUCAACCUCAAGGACUUCAAUGUCGGUGGCUACAUCCAGGCUGUGCUGGACCGAAACCUGGCUGAGAACAUCUCACGAGUCCUGUACCCUAAUGACAAUUUCUUUGAGGGGAAGGAGCUGCGGCUGAAGCAGGAGUACUUUGUAGUAGCUGCCACCCUCCAGGACAUCAUCCGCCGCUUCAAGUCCUCUAAGUUUGGGAGCCGUGAUCCUGUGCGCACGAACUUUGACGCCUUCCCAGAUAAGGUGGCCAUUCAGCUCAAUGAUACCCACCCAUCUUUGGCCAUCCCAGAGCUGAUGAGGAUUCUGGUGGACCUGGAGCGGCUGGACUGGGACAAGGCCUGGGAGGUGACAGUGAAGACCUGUGCCUACACCAACCACACGGUGCUUCCUGAGGCCCUGGAGCGCUGGCCUGUGCACCUCAUGGAGACGCUGCUGCCUCGACAUCUGCAGAUCAUAUAUGAGAUCAAUCAGCGCUUCCUCAAUCGGGUGGCGGCCACAUUCCCUGGGGAUGUAGACCGGCUGAGGCGCAUGUCGCUGGUGGAAGAGGGCGCCGUGAAGCGCAUCAACAUGGCGCACCUGUGCAUCGCCGGCUCUCAUGCAGUCAAUGGCGUGGCUCGCAUCCACUCUGAGAUUCUCAAAAAGACCAUUUUUAAGGACUUCUAUGAGCUGGAGCCUCAUAAAUUCCAGAACAAGACCAAUGGCAUCACUCCUCGGCGCUGGCUGGUUCUGUGUAACCCCGGGCUGGCAGAGGUCAUUGCUGAGCGCAUUGGGGAGGAGUACAUCUCAGAUCUGGACCAGCUGCGCAAACUUCUCUCCUACGUGGAUGAUGAAGCCUUUAUCCGAGAUGUGGCCAAAGUGAAGCAGGAAAACAAGUUGAAGUUCUCCACAUACCUUGAGAGGGAAUACAAAGUCCACAUCAACCCCAAUUCACUCUUCGACGUCCAGGUGAAGCGGAUUCAUGAAUAUAAGCGUCAGCUCCUCAACUGCCUUCAUAUCAUUACCCUGUACAACCGCAUAAAGAAGGAACCUAACAAGUUCAUGGUGCCACGGACUGUGAUGAUUGGAGGCAAGGCUGCUCCCGGGUACCACAUGGCCAAGAUGAUCAUCAAACUCAUCACUGCCAUUGGAGAUGUGGUCAACCAUGACCCAGUGGUGGGAGACCGCCUCCGUGUGAUCUUCCUGGAGAACUAUCGCGUCUCACUGGCGGAGAAAGUGAUCCCAGCUGCUGACCUCUCUGAGCAGAUCUCUACCGCGGGCACUGAGGCCUCGGGCACUGGUAACAUGAAGUUCAUGCUGAACGGGGCUCUGACCAUCGGCACCAUGGAUGGGGCCAACGUGGAAAUGGCAGAGGAAGCAGGAGAGGAGAACUUCUUCAUCUUUGGCAUGCGCGUGGAGGACGUGGAAAGGCUGGACCAGAGAGGAUACAAUGCCCAGGAGUACUACGAUCGCAUCCCUGAGCUCCGCCAGAUCAUUGAGCAGCUGAGCAGUGGCUUCUUCUCCCCCAAACAGCCUGACCUGUUCAAGGACAUUGUCAACAUGCUCAUGCACCAUGACCGGUUUAAAGUCUUUGCAGAUUAUGAAGAAUACAUUAAAUGCCAGGAGAGAGUCAGUGCGUUGUACAAGAACCCAAGAGAGUGGACACGGAUGGUGAUCAGGAACAUAGCCACCUCUGGCAAGUUUUCCAGUGACCGCACCAUUGCCCAGUAUGCCCGGGAGAUCUGGGGCGUAGAGCCUUCUUACCAGCGCCUGCCAGCCCCAGAUGAGAAGCUCUGAGCCUGCACUCCAGACCCCACACCCGCCCCCGAGUCUGUGCAGUCCCCUGGGCCAGCCCCACUCCUUAUUCAGAGGGUGGGCCAUUGGAGUUACAUCUCUACGCCCCCUUCUGGAACCCUCACCUUCCCAGGCUCUAGGUCCCAGUGUCCAGUGUGACUGAGGACACUGCCCUCCUCUUGUCUUGCAGCUCCUUGCCUCUUUGAUUUAUGUAUGGGGUCUGACUAACCGCAUCUCCCCAAUAAAUGGAUUCUCCUUGUGAGCUUCCUUA